GACGGACCAAUACCCAGCAUGCAUUGCAGUGGCCCAUAGCGCCAUCUUUGGAAACCGAGGUCUAGGAGGACUUGAAUUUGACGCGUGUUUAAUUUUGUAUUUAGUUCAUGCGUAAAUGUUUGCCCUUUGGUAACAUUCGUCCUCUCCUUUAAAGAGCGUGAUGGGGAUAAAGGUGCAGCGACCACGCUGCUUCUUUGACAUCAGUAUCAACAACGUGCUAGUUGGAAGGGUGGUGAUCGAAUUGUUUGCUGAUGUGUGUCCGAAGACGUGUGAGAACUUCCGUUGCCUAUGCACAGGUGAGAAGGGUGUCGGAAAGGGCACCCAGAAACCCUUGCAUUACAAAGGAUCCUUGUUCCACAGAGUAGUGAAAGAUUUCAUGAUCCAAGGAGGGGAUUUUAGCGAAGGCAAUGGCCGAGGUGGUGAAUCCAUUUAUGGAGGUUUCUUUGAAGAUGAGAGCUUCUCUGUCAAACACAACAAGGAAUUCCUUUUGUCCAUGGCCAACAGGGGAAAGGACACUAAUGGAUCUCAGUUUUUCAUAACGACAAAGCCAACACCUCACCUUGACGGCAUCCACGUGGUGUUCGGUCAGGUGAUUUCCGGCCAGGACAUCAUCAGGACCAUCGAGGCUCAGAAGACGGACCCCAACAACCGACCCGUUAGCGAGGUGAAGAUGAUGAACUGCGGUGAGCUGGUCCCCAAACCCAAAGCUCCCAAGAAGGAGAAGAAGCGCCACAAGUCUGCUUCCAGCGAGAGCGAGGAUGACUCCGACUCCUCGUCUGACUCUUCAGACACUGACGACUCGGAGAAAGAAUCCAAGAAGAAGAAGAAGAAGAAGCACAAGAAGGAAGCCAAGAAGAAAAAGAAGGAACAGAAACGCAAAAAGAAAGAUAAGAAAGGAUCUGAGGAAGAGGCCGAGGAGGAGGAAGAGGCAGAGGCGGAAGGCCCGCCCCUGUCCACCAUCCGCCCAGAGGAAGUACCGGCCAUCCCAGAGAACCGCUUCCUUAUGAGACGCAGUCCGCAGCCCCGAGAGGACGCCGCCGGAAAGGACAAGAGCAAGGAGAACUCUGGGAAAGACAAACAGAAAGACAAGGAGCGGGACAGGGGCAAGGAUAAAGAUAAGGACAAGGACAGGGAAAGGGAGCGGGACAGAGAUCGGGAACGGGAGAGACAGAGGGACAGGCCCAUGUUGAACUCCAGACAGAAUCGCGCCAGGCUAGUGAUGACUCGCUCCGGCAGAAGAAUUAAAGGCAGAGGCCCCAGGAGGUAUCGCACCCCGUCUCGAUCUCGCUCUCGUUCCUGGGACCGCUUCAGACGCAGCGAGACUCCGCCGCAUUGGCGUCAGGAGAUGCAGCGCACGCAGAGAGUGCAGCGCACACGAAACGCCAGUGAAGAGCGCUGGAUAAAGGGAGACAAGGGAGACAUGGAGAAAGAGAAGCCGACAUCUGAACCCGAGGGCAAAGACUCCGAGAGAAAGAACUCCGACAGAGAGCGAAGGAACGCGGAGAGAAAUCGAGAUCGUCGAACCUCCGACAAAGAGAAGGAGAAGGAGAAAGACAAGAAGACCUCAGAGAAAGGCAAAGAAGACUCCCACAGCCCUUCCAGACACAAGGACAAAGACCGCAAGAGCCGGCGCCACCACUCCAAGAGCCGAGAACGGGAGGACGGAGGCGAGGAGAAGGCGGAAGACGGAGCCCGCCGAAGGAAGGGAAGAUCCCGCAGCAAAAGCGGAGAGAAGAAAAGCGACGGAGGAGGAGAUCGCAGACGCAGCCGCACGGACGAGAAGAAGGACCGCUCCCGAAGCAAGGACCGCAAGGAGAAGGACGACAAGAAAGAAAAGGACGACAAGAAAGAGAAGGAGAGGAAGACAUCGGGAACCAGAGACCGGGACAGGAGCAAGAGUAAAGACCGGAGCAGGCACUCUGAGACGGACGGCAAAGACAAACGGAAAGAAGAGGCGGAAAAGAAGAUGAAGAACGGAGAGAGAGAGAAAGCCAAGUCCCGCAGCAGAGAGAGAGACUCCAAAACAGACAAGACCGACAGCAGGCGCCGCUCAAGGUCACUGGACAAGGACGGGAGGCGCAGAUCAAGGUCAAGGUCACGGGGGCGUGGCCAGGGCCAGCGAGGCCAAUCGCGGGACCGAACAGGCGAUAAGGGGCGAAGCCGUAGCAGAGACCGCAGAAACCGGCGCUCCAAGAGUCGAGACCGAGAAAGAGACAGGGGGCGAGAUCGGGAACGGGAGAGGGAGAAGGAGAAGGAGAGGAGGAAGAGCAGCAGGGACAAGUCCAGAAGUCGGGACGGACGCAGGGACAAAAAGUCCAAGAGCCGCGAGCGCUCAUCUAACCAGCGGCGGAGCAGAGACAAGGAGGAGGAGAAGAAGAGGAGGGGGAGAGACCACAGCAGCUCCAGUAGCAGUAGCAGCAGCAGCAGAGACUCCGACAGCGACCAAGACAAGAACAAGAACAAACACCGCAAGAGCGCCAGUCCCAAAGCCAAACGACCAAGCAGCCGAGACAAGAAGCGAGACCAGUCACAGAGCCCCCGGAGGAAUCGAGACCAUCGAAAGGAUGGCAAGAACCAGUCAAGCUCCAGCGAUAGUGACUAGACUCAUUACUGUCAAGGUCUCAAACAGAGGCUGUCCGCGAAGUAUAGUGACAGCGGUUUUAUAGUCUGUGUGUGCGUGCGAAAGAGAGAGAGGACACUUAUACUUGUUGGGACACUUCUGACUGAAAUUUUACACUGUAAACUAUCACAGAAUCCAACAGUGUGUUUUACAGUCACUGAAAUGGUAUUUUCAAUUUGGGACUGUGGUAGCUAAGACCUGACUUUGCUGUCGGUGAUGCAAAAAUAUAAGGCGGUUUUUAUUAUUUUCAUGUUGUGUUUUUAUUUUCAUGGUAAUCUUUUGCCCCUUUGUCCUCCUGUGUUAUAACUGUAACAGACCACCGCAGUCCAACCCGUUUGCCAAUUAGAAACAAUAGAUGGCAUUGCAUAGUAGAAUAAAUAAUACUUUUACAUUAGGAACAUACGUGUGGGUAGUGGGCCAUUCAUGGGACAACAAAACGUGUUUUUGACAUGGGACAGUGGUUUAUGUUUUAGGGGAAAGUGUUUUCAUUUUUCUACCUCUACGGGUAUGUCCAUUGAAACAGGAAGGUUUUUUUAUUGGCGUGUAUGAUUUGUAAUUAUAAAUGUGCAAAUAUCAGCUGUUUUAUCCAUUAAAGGUGUUCUGGGGCAGCAUCACCCAAAAUGUA